GUGGUAAACCUUGAGGGGGGCGGAGGGAGUAAUAUUUCGGAGGACUGCCAUAUGUUAUUGUAGCCUCCUUUUCCUAAAGCCCUCGAAUUCUUCUACAAAACCCACGUUUUCUUUUAGAUUGGAAUCUCCUUCCUUCUCGAUUCCAACAAGUAUUCAGAAUUUUAGUUGAAGAAGACAUGGAUUAUACCGGAGAUGAUGGUGGGUCCAACUCCAACUUCAUCAAGAUUAAGGUCUCUUAUGGAUCCAAUUGGCUGGACCUAACUGUUCCUUCUCAUAUUACUUUUGGGGAUCUGAAAGGGGUUAUUGCUGAAAAAAUUGGUUUGGAGCCUGAUGUUCAAAGGCUGUUCUUCAGAGGUAUUGAGAAAGACGAUCAAAUACAUUUGGAAAUGGCCGGAUUGAAGAACAAUUCGAAGCUCUUACUCAAAGAGAACAUAGCUAAGGUUGAAGAGGUCUCAACUAGCAAUGAUAAGACUGAAGAGGUGAAGGAGACCCAAGUAUCAAAAGGUUCUGAGCUUGUUGCUGAAGUCAAAGCAGAUGUUGAUAAGCUAGCAGAACAGCUACGUGCUUUGAAAAAGAUAAUAUGUGAAGGACAUAAGGUUCUUCAGAAAGAUCUUAUAUUCACAGUGGAGAUGCUCGAAAGACAGCUGCUGAAAUUGGAUGGCAUCAAAGCUGAAGGAGAAGGGAAAGUUCAGAGGAAGAUGGAGGUGCAACGUGUUCAAAGCCUCUUGGACACAGCUGAUGAGCUUAAGACAAGGAAUUUGGGCUCAAAAGCCAAGAGCAGUGACACUGUUCAGAAAACAACAAAUUGUGAUGCAUCUGAAUCUGAUAUUGGAAAUCAUGAUGCUCAACCUUCAUCGCCAUCUUCUACAAAAGGGACUCAGGACUGGGAAGUCUUUGAGUAAGUCGGUGCAUACCACUGUCUUCCCUAAAGUUCAUAUAGCAAAGUUUGAGGUUCUGGUAAGCCUUUUUGUAAUAUACCCAUAUACUCUAAUUAUGAAUACCUUUUGUCAUGACCGUGAUGGCAGCAAAGCAAACUAGCAUUAAGUAUUGAACAAGAUGACAUUUAUUUA